AUGGAUGACGCUUCAAAUGUCCAGAAAACACCACAUAUCAUUGGCGUUGCAAUCAAAGAUGUACAGGCACGCUCGCAGGAUAGCGACGAUCCCGCGGCCAGCUCCAGUUCCACCUCCAGCUCCGAGGAAUCUGAUUCCAGCGAGGGAGAGUCUGAGGUCGGAGCACUAGCUGCCGUCUCUGAUUCACAGGCACAGGAGAGGCCUAUUGAGGUCCAAAAUGAAACAACUGCGACAACUAAACCUCAACUUGAAUCUGCCGAAGAUCUUCCCAUCGCCGCAACAUCAAUCGCCCCCUCGGAACAGCUAUCUUGUGCUCCAGAUAAGGAAAAUGAAGUUGCUCCCAACUCGAUUAAAGAGACCAUAGAGAGAGAAGAAGUCCCCUCGGCCGAAAACUCCGACUCUGACGAGUCCAGCCAGACCGAUAAUAGCGGUGAGGGGCUCACAAACAAACCCCCAGUCUCACAGCUGGGAGGCCCUUGCAUGGAGGCGGACACCAGCAUUCACAUGCCAACAACUCCUACGACUGAUCAGGCCGUGUUUACCCAGGACAGUGGAGAAAUUGAUGAACCAGAGACUGGGGCCCCCGACGGCCAACUCAAGAUCAACACACCGCAAAGCCCAUGGUCAAAGUCUCAAUACUCUCAGUUCUUUGUCCCAGCUCCUUCAGGAUCACCGAUCGGUGACUCUGAGAAGCUCGAUCCUGAACCAUCAACCAGUCUUCAAUCACCCUGGGUAGCGAGUCAGGAUACCUUCCAGAAGGUUGCCGGAUUGAGUGAACUGGAGAGCGAUAUUGGCAGAUUCCACCCGACCUCGGAGUCCCAAGGCGGACGACAGUCUACACCAGAGAGCGAGGUUCCUUUCCAACCCUUCUCUGCAUUUAUGACACCAUCGCCCGAGCGCAGAGCUCGCAGAAUAGCACGCGCAGGUCCCAGGUUUUCAAGCGGAGGUCUCCCUAGCACUCAAGCUCUCGCAUCUGCAAUGAAGAACCCGUGGGGUAGUAGUAAAGUCAAUCGGCGGGUUUCUUGGGCACCUCUCCCCCACGAAGCUACGGCCGAUAUAGACUCAGCCUCUUCCGAAAACGAUCAAUUAUCGCCCAGCCAAAGACGGCGGCCAUCUUCGCCACCGCCCCAAGUCUCGAUCGCGGAUGUGCCACAGGAGGGAGGCGAGGAUAGGUUCCGCGACCACUUCGACGCCGUUGCUCGUCGAGCAGCCGAGCGCCCACAGCGCAUCCUCCCGACCGAGUCCCAGCAGACUGUUGGAAGCCCAGAUGCCUGCGCAAUGGCGGAGAACUUCAUUGCCUUUAACGAAAAUCAAACAUUAGGAUCCGCCAUGCAUCCCCAGAAAGGGGACUCAGCCACUCCUCGAUCACAAAGCGGUUUCGGGACAGAUAUGGACAACGAUGAUCUUUUAGAAGAUGUUUUCAACGACAUCCAGGAGCUUCUACAGCCAUGGAAUCUAGACGUUGAGCUCGAACAGGCACGCAAGGAAUCUGGAAACGACCCAGUUCCAAUGGACAUUUGGGCCCUUUAG